UGCCAGUGGAAGUGUGUCUCUGUGGUGUCGUUAGUUUCUGUCACCGCGUUGUUUACACUUUUACAUUGGCUCUAAACCUGCUCCAAACACUAGCGGUCGCUCCCAUCUCCGCUCCUCUGACACCCAGACUUCAUCUGAUUUUUGUGAAUUAGACUACGUGUUCAUGAGGGCGUGUGUGUAGCUCUCCUGGGCCGUCUCCAGGCUCAAGCCGGUCACUGCGCACUCAUUGCAUUCCCGGGGCAGUGACAGCCAUGGCAGCGGCCACCGUGGUGGAGGCGGAUCCGUCUGCGAGUGAAUCUUCUGCCGCCUUCUCCGGAGUCGUGGGCCGGGGCUGGGACGAGUCUCAGCUGCGGCAGUACACCUUUCCUACCAAAGCUAUCCCCCGGCUAUCUCACGCUGACCCCCGGGCCGAGGCGCUCAUCAACAACGAGGAGCCAGUAGUGUUAACAGACACCAACUUGGUGUAUCCAGCUCUGAAGUGGGACAUUGGGUACCUUCAGGAGAACAUCGGCAAUGGGGAUUUCUCAGUUUAUUCCUCAGAGAACCACAAAUUCCUUUACUAUGAUGAAAAGAAAAUGUGCAAUGUUCAAAACUUUGUCCCCAAGUCCAGACGGAUGGAGAUGAAAUUUAGCGAGUUUGUGGAGAAACUGCAUGAAACUGAGGAACAGGAGGACGGGGAGAGGGUGUACCUUCAGCAGACCCUCAAUGAUACUGUCGGGAAGAAGAUUGUCGUUGACUUUCUGGGUUUCAACUGGAACUGGAUCAACAAGCAGCAAGCCAAAAGGAACUGGGGCCAGCUGACAUCCAACCUGCUGCUCAUCGGCAUGGAGGGGAACGUGACGCCUGCACAUUAUGACGAGCAGCAGAACUUCUUUGCACAGAUUAAAGGCCAUAAGAGAUGCAUCCUCUUCCCUCCAGAUCAGUUUGACUGUCUGUAUCCAUAUCCUGUGCACCACCCGUGUGACAGACAGAGCCAGGUGGACUUUGAAAACCCAGACUAUGAGAGGUUUCCUAAUUUUAAAAAUGUAGUUGGCUAUGAAGCUGUUGUGGGUCCUGGUGAUGUGCUCUAUAUUCCCAUGUAUUGGUGGCAUCAUAUUGAGUCCCUGUUAAAUGGUGGAAUUACAAUCACUGUAAACUUCUGGUACAAAGGUGCACCUACGCCUAAGAGGAUAGAAUACCCACUAAAGGCUCAUCAGAAGGUGGCCAUUAUGCGAAAUAUUGAGAAGAUGCUGGGAGAGGCACUAGGAGACCCCCAUGAAGUUGGACCUUUACUUAAAAUGAUGAUCAAGGGGCGCUAUGACCAGGAGUCGAGCUAAAGCUUACCAGUGAGGAUGAAACCACUGUAGACUUAGUGUAAGGAGACUGUAACUGUUCAUUCAUGUGACUGACUGCUGUGUAGAAAGAGUAGGGCAUCAAUAAAGACCAUGGAGCUACGCGUCUGUGCAUGGCAAUAAGCCAUUUUGAAUCCUCUGCUUCACGUGCCAUUGUCUCAUCACUCCAGAAGAAGAUACUCACCGGUUUUGAUGCCUACGAAGCACCUUUUUUAUUUAAUUCAAAGAGGCUAAAUCACUCUUGUAUGUUUGCUGCAUUUGUCAGUGUUGAAUUAUCACUAUAUCAUUUAUUACUGGUACAUAUGGAGUGGUCUGUAUUCGCAUAAUAUAGCAAUCCGUCUCACAACAGUUUUAUAACAGGUUCAAAUUAAAGUGUAUUUUGAAGUAUUGUAUUUAUCUAUGUAAGCAACAUAUUUUUCUGUCUGCUCAUUAUACAGCUUAAGGGAACGAUCAUAACCAUAUUAGUGGCUAUACAGGUUCAUUAAACAUUACAUUUAUAUAGCAGGGGUAUGUAUGUAGGGUUGCAAUUUAAAGUAACGCAUAUGUUCAGUUUGACAAAUAUAUUCUUUCUAAUUAAGUUGGGACAGAUAGGGCUGAUCUUUAGACUACACUCCUUGUUUGAUUCAUGUUUCACUGACUACAACAUUAAAUGAAAUGUAGAGGGUUGCAAAUACCUUAUGUUGAUUUACUCAUGUAUUAAUGUUUGAGUUGAAAUGAUCUCUGAUGUCAAGGCCAUGCAUUUGGCAGUAGUAGCAUGACACAACUGUAGCUUCCAUUCGCAGCCAAAUACUGCACCACAGACACACUCCAGUGUUUUGAUCCAUAGUGACGCUGCCCCCAUUUUGUUCUGAUGAUUCCCUCCACUGUUAUGGGCAAACCUCGUGUUCACAUUUCAUUUCAUUAUAUUCUGUAGCUAAUUUUGAGUAGGUUAACCAUUCAAAAUAUAUUUGGAUACACUAGAGAAAAGUUAAUAGUGUACAUAAGAAGAUAGGCCUGAUUUGUUUUAGUGCCAAUCCUUGUGGAAUAUUUACAAAGAAUCCAAAAGACAGGAUAUUUAUGUCACUUUUCCACUCUGAAGCAGUCCUACUUCCAUAGUAAAGCUGAGCUUUAACUGCUUUUAUAAUGUUUACUGUGUGCCUUGCAGAACAAAUAUGGCACCGAGUGUUUCAGUUGAUCUUGUUAAUAUUUUAAUGUUGUGUGUUUUCAUUCAGAAGUGUUCAUUCAAAUGAAGAAUGUGUGUUUCCCAAUUCCAUUUGGAACUGAAGUCACAGAUUUUCAUUCCUGGAGAAUUUCUACUGCAUGUUGCUUAAUAAAAGACAAAACACAAAAUAAA